AGAGGGAGGAGGAGAGUCAGUCAUCUGACGGUGUUCCUGUCCCACUCCCUCGCCGGGCUCACGGGAAGAGUUCUCGGUAAACUGGCUCCUCAACACACCGAGUUCGCGAGCGUUUCUGAAACACAACGCCCGAAGAAGACGCUCGACGUGGAGCCGCAGAAGUGACACGACGCGACGCCAUUAAACAGCGCGUAGCGAUCAGCUGAGCGUCUCUUCCUGAUACCGAACCCGAAAGUUAAAGUAACUCCAGCAGAACUGAAACAGACCCAUAAUGACGGUCCGGACGGGGACACUGACGACUCGUGCGUGAGAGAGCGUUUACGAACGCGUUUCUGCGCGUUUGGCUGCGAGUUGAAUUCGCUUUUCCUGCUAUUCUUCUUCUUCUGAGCGUUUCCUGCUCGGGCAAAACCACUGAGCUAAAAAUACUGACCCUCAAUGGACCGCUAAACACAGACUCGAACUCUAAUGCAUCUCUUGGCGAGUUUGUUCUCGUGUUUGGGAGAUUCAGAAGGACUUCGAGGUCAGGAGUAUGCAGGACAACACGCUCCUAAAGUGACUGUCUGUCACUGAUCUGGACCUGUUUUCUUCAUCCCUGGUCCUUCCUUUGCCUUUACAUUGGGAUUAAUGUCUAAUUAAACUGUUAAAGUGACUGAUCUGGAUCCUGAACAUCAGUUGUCUUCAUCCCGGGUCCAUUUUUUUGCUCCUCCAUUGGGAUUGAUGUCCAAUGGAGACUAUUCCACUGGACCUGUUUACUUCAUUCCGGCUCCAUUUUUGCGUUUACAUUGGGAUUGAUGUCUAAUUAAACUCCUAAAGUGACUACUCUGGAAACUGGAUGUAAGUUUUCUUCAUCCCAGGUCCAUUUUUUGCUCCUACAUUCGGAUUAAUGUCUAAUGGAGACUAAUCCACUGAUGACCGGGACGUACAGAGAUCUGAGGGCAAGAGGAGAUCUCACUUCAUCAGAUUCUGAUUUAUAAAACUCAAUGGAGCCGCUGAAGAACAUUUUCUCCCGGAGCCCAUUGUCCACCUGGAAGAGCCUGGAUCAGACGCAGAAGGGGAGCUUCACCAAUCCGGUCUGGACCGCGCUGUUCGACUACGAGGCCUCGGGGAACGAUGAACUCACCUUGAGGAAAGGAGAUCUCGUGGAGGUCUUGUCUCUGGAUUCGGAGAUCUCUGGGGAUGAGGGAUGGUGGGCGGGAAAGGUUAACAACAAAGUGGGAAUCUUUCCGUCGAACUACGUCUCGUUUAAACCAAGCGGGUACGGGAAGCUCCCAUGUCCUGGCGUCGUCCCUGACUUAGGCCCGGCCGUGGUUCCCGAACUCGAGCCGGAGGCGGUGGAGUUCUCCGACCUGAGUCUCCAAGAGGUCAUCGGAGUCGGAGGCUUCGGGAAAGUCUAUCGAGGAACAUGGAAAGGGGAGUUGGUUGCAGUGAAGGCGGCCCGGCAGGACCCGGACGAGGACAUCAGCGUCACGGCCCAGAACGUCCAGAACGAGGCCCGCCUCUUCUCCAUGCUGAGGCACCCGAACAUCAUCGCGCUAAAGGGAGUGUGCCUGCAGGAGCCCAACCUGUGCCUGAUCAUGGAGUACGCCUCGGGGGGAGCCCUGAGCCGGGCCUUGGCUGGGUCCCGGAUCCCCCCACAGGUGCUGGUGAACUGGGCCGUGCAGAUCGCCCAAGGCAUGCUGUACCUGCACAGCGGAGCCAUCGUGCCCGUCAUACACCGCGACCUCAAGUCCAACAACAUUCUGCUGGCUGAGCCUGUAGAGAACGGCAGCAUUGAGGGCAAAACCCUGAAGAUCACAGAUUUCGGUCUGGCGAGAGAGUGGCACAAGACCACUAAGAUGAGCACGGCGGGCACGUACGCCUGGAUGGCCCCUGAGGUCAUCAAGUCCUCCACUUUCUCCAAGGGCAGCGACGUCUGGAGUUAUGGUGUGUUAUUAUGGGAGCUUCUGACUGGUGAGGUCCCGUACCGAGGGAUUGAUGGUCUGGCUGUGGCGUAUGGAGUCGCUGUAAACAAACUGACGCUUCCGAUCCCCUCCACCUGUCCUGAACCCUUCGCCAUGCUCAUGUCCGAGUGCUGGGACCAGGACCCGCACCGGCGGCCCAGUUUCAGCUCUAUCCUGGAGCAGCUGACGGCGCUGGAGGAGCAGGUGAAGGAGGAGAUGCCGCAGGACUCCUUCCACUCUCUCCAGGAGGACUGGAAGCUGGAGAUCCAGGACAUGUUCGACGAGCUGCGGGCUAAAGAGAAGGAGCUGCGCUGCCGUGAGGAGGAGCUGAAGCGUGCGGCUCUGGAGCAGAAGUCUCAUGAGGAGUUCCUCCGUCAGCGGGAGCAGCAGCUGGCCCAGUGGGAGCAGGACGUGUUCGAGCGAGAGCUGUCCCUGCUCAUCCUGCACCUCAACCACAACCAGAAGCCCAACGUCAAGAAGCGCAAGGGGACCUUCAAGAAGCACAAGCUGAAGGUGAAGAACGGGGAGAAGAUCAGCAUGCCGCAGGAUUUCAUCCAUAAGAUCACGGUGCAGGCGUCUCCGGGCUUGGAGAAGAGACGUAACUCUCCAGAUCUGGGCUCUCCGUCCAUCGGCCCGCGCUUCCGAGCGAUACAGCUGAGUCCCAGUGAGAGUAAGUGGAGUUCGGUCUGGCCACUGGAGUCUCUUCCUCUCAAGCAAGCCAACGGCGAGAGGAGGUUCACUCCUCAUCUGAGCCCCAAGAGCCCCAAGAUCCUGCGACUCAGUGCGCCGGAGAACAGUCUGUCGAUGAGAGCCAAACUCCUGGAUAUGGACAGUAAUGAGAAUGACGAAUCUAAAGCUGAUUUCGAGGAGUAUAGACCCAUCACACCAUCCAGCCACAACGAGGGUUCAGAGAGUGAGGAAGGGGGUUCGUCCCCCUGUGGUUCCCCGAAGCCGGAUCCCCGGGGUCUGGCGAAGAACACACACCGUUCUCUGCUCAGCAGCGCCGCCCUGCUGGCGUCCGUCGCUCUGGGGCGCUGCCUCGAGGCCCAGCACCCCCCCACCCCCCCGCCGCGGGCCUCGUCCCGCACUCACCUGCCCGUGCCGGAGCCCGUGCCGGAGCCCGUGCCGGAGCCCGUGGGAGAUCUGAUCUCCUUCAGCACAGACUCUCUGCCCCGGGGCUUCCUGGACUCCCUGAAGCCUCCCGAGAUCAAGCCGCUAAUGCUGACGCCGCCGCCCCCGAACCCCCGGGACCGGGACCGGGAGCGCAGGACGCAGGACGGUGCCGGAGACUGGACGGCUCACGCCAACGGAGACGGCGAGGUCUCGCUUCAGAGCGGAGAGCGCAGGAGGAGGGCGAGUCACGGACUGCACUCCGCACAGCUGGUGUUGGAUCUUCCGUUGUGUCAAGACACGUUUGAGGCGGAGGACAAGUCCCCGAUGCCGUUCGCCCUGUACCCGGACCCCCGUUUGUGGAGCCCCAAAACCCGUCGUCUGGAGGUCAACAUCGUGCCUCGCCCACGCCCGUCCCCGAACCGGCCCCGCAUCGACCCCUGGAGCUUCGUAUCGGCCGGCGCCUUGGACCGAGCCGGCGUUAGGAAGCCCGCCAGCAGUCCCACGAGCCCUCGCCUGGGCUUCCAGCCCUCGCCCAACAACCCCUUCACGAACUGUGACCCCUUCCCCUCGCCGGACUGUGACCCCUUCAAUCUGAAGGUGGACCCUUCCAUGAACUCGGACCACGGAUCAACCUUUGACCCCUUCUCCACCCCCUUCCCGACCUCGCGCUCGGCGCCCUGCUCGACCAACGGCAGCCCGAAUCUGUCUCUGCGGGUCGCCCCGCUGAACCUGGCCGACUCCCCGCUCAUAGACCUGGGCUGGGCUCGGCCGGUGGAAGAGCGGGUCCACCCCCGCAGGAGCCUCGGCCUCAGCCCGUUCCGGUCCCCGGCGCUGCCCAGAGACGAACGCUUCUGAACCCUGGCCCAUAACAGGGCUGCACCGUACGCCCAGAUUAAACUGACAUCGCGAUACUGGUCGAAAACAGUACGAAUAAUCACAAUCCAAACUCACAAGAAAAUCACCUGCUAAUCUGUUCCAGAUCCGCCCCACAUCUGGUACAUGUGGAUUCAACACGGCCCAGAUCCGCCCCACAUCUGGUUCAUGUGG